AUGCUUGGAUUCUUAAAGCAGCCAAUUGUCUUUUCAUUGGAAAUCAAUGUAAACCUGGUGGUUUUAACUGUGAUCGGAUUAAUCAGCCGGCUGUGGGCACUGUCCUAUCCCAGAGCUGUCGUCUUUGAUGAAGUUUACUAUGGCCAGUUCCUCUCCUUGUACAUGAAGCGGAUCUUCUUCGUAGAUGACAGCGGGCCCCCGUUCGGCCACAUGCUUUUCGCUUUGGGAGGUUAUUUAGGGGGAUUUGAUGGAAAUUUCUUAUGGAACAGGAUAGGAGCAGAAUACAGCUCCAAUGUGCCGAUUUGGGCUUUGCGGCUUAUACCUGCAACAGCUGGGGGCUUAUGCAUCCCCUUGGCGUAUCAAAUAUUAGUUGAAUUACAUUUCAACCAUUUUGUUGCCCUGGGUGCUGCAGUCCUGAUUUUAUUCGAAAAUUCACUAAUUACUCAAUCCAGAUUGAUGCUGCUGGAGUCGAUUUUAAUUUUUUUCAUCCUGCUGGCUGUUUUGUCUUAUCUGAAGUUUCACAACUCUCAGAAACAAAGCCCUUUUUCUGCAAGAUGGUGGCUCUGGCUGCUGCUAACUGGGGUCUCCUGUUCUUGUGCUGUUGGGGUGAAAUACAUGGGCCUCUUCACUUACCUCCUCCUUCUGACCCUGGCAGGGGUCCAUUCCUGGCAGCUGGUUGGUGAUCGCUCCUUGUCCAACGUCUCCCUGCUGUGGCACUUCAUAGCCCGAGGAGUAGCUCUUCUGAUCAUCCCUGUCACUCUCUACCUCUCCUUUUUCUACAUCCAUCUGGUUUUGCUGUACCGGUCUGGGCCUCACGACCAAAUCAUGAGCAGCGCAUUUCAAGCUAGCUUAGAGGGAGGGCUUUCGCGCAUCACUCAGGGGCAGCCCUUGGAAGUGGCUUAUGGUUCCCAGAUUACUUUGAGGAAUACCUUGGGCAAACCCUUGCCGUGUUGGCUUCAUUCUCACCGGAAUACCUACCCCAUCAGGUAUGAAAAUGGGCGGGGAAGUUCCCACCAACAGCAGGUGACCUGCUAUCCUUUUAAGGAUGUGAACAACUGGUGGAUCGUGAAGGAUCCUGGAAGGCAGCAGCUGGUAGCUAGCAACCCACCACGACCUGUGCGACACGGCAACAUUGUGCAACUGGUCCAUGGAAUCACCACCCGUUACCUUAACACGCACGAUGUGGCUGCGCCCCUCAGCCCACACUCCCAAGAGAUAUCCUGUUACAUCGAUUACAACAUCUCCAUGCCCGCUCAGAAUCUCUGGAGAGUGGAAAUUGUGAAUCGCGACUCGGAUAAUGAGAUUUGGAAAACGAUCCUGUCCGAAGUCAGACUGGUCCACGUCAACACGUCGGCCGUGUUAAAGCUCAGUGGAGCCUCCCUCCCGGAGUGGGGGUACCGACAACUGGAGGUGAUUGGCGAGAAGAUCUCCAAGGGGUACCAUCAAAGCAUGCUGUGGAACGUGGAGGAACACCGAUAUGGAAAAAGCCAUGAACAGAAAGAGAGAGAGGUAGAACUGCACCUGCCUACUCAGAUCAACAUCAGCCAGAACCUCACCUUCGUUGCCAAGUUCACCGAACUGCAGUGGAAGAUCCUUACCCUGAAGAACGAGGACACGGAACAUAAAUAUAGCUCAUCCCCGUUGGAUUGGAUCACCCUGGAGACCAACAUUGCUUACUGGUUCCAUUCCAGCUCAGGGGUAACUUUACUGGAUUUUUACAUGGGUGAAUCAUGUUUCCUGGAAUACAUAGGGGCAAUCUCCAGAUCUCCCUUUGUUCCAGAGAGAAUUUUGGCAUAG